AUGUCAAUUCAGGGAGGCGGCGGUUACCAGAGCCCUUGGUCAUCUCAGACGGGGCUGUCAGAACUAGAGGGAACAAUGGCAGAGUUGGAACCAUUAGGUGAACUGGCUGAGGUUGGCUUCGAGCCACAGACGCGCGCGCGAUCCAACACGUGGCCGCUUCCAAGGCCAGACAACUACGUCGAGCAGGUAGACGAAGCCGGCUCUAAGAAGAAUUCCAACCAGAAUCUAUCUGGAGCCCCACCAAUACCAGCGAAGAAAAAUUCAUCGCGUCGCAACGCCUGGGGCAAUCUUUCGUACGCAGAUCUCAUAACGCAAGCCAUCACCUCGGCACAGGACAACAGGCUCACACUGUCGCAGAUAUACGAGUGGAUGGUCCAGAAUGUGCCAUAUUUCAAAGACAAAGGGGAUAACAAUUCAUCCGCAGGAUGGAAGCUUUGGCUGAGAACUGUUUUGAGUAGAGUGAUUAGAGAUAUUGGUUAA